AUGAAUCAGCAACAGAAUGAUAUUGAUUGUUUUGAUGUUAAAAGAAAGAUAUUUCAAGGUAAUUUUUGUUCUUAUGACAUUCUAUUAUCAUGUGUUUUUCUUAUAGAAACGACAGAUCAUGAGAAGAGAUCAACAUUGACUAAUUUUGAAGAUAUUUCAAACGAUCUUAUUUAUGAAAUCUUCGAAUUUCUUAAUGGUUAUGAUCUAUACGAAGCUUUUUCAAAUCUUAAUUCACGAUUUGAAAAUCUUCUUAUUCAUUCAACUCUUCCUAUCAAAAUCGAUAUGUCACUUAUGUCGAAAUCGACCUUUUAA